AUGUUCCCGUCCAAGUUGAGAUAUUUAGGAAUAGGGACAUCUGCAAUUACCAGUUUGGAAAUUCCUAAACCACUUUUUGAUUUGAGACAUUUGGAACAACUUGAAUCUGUAAACGUGUGUACCGCUGCUAAGUAUGAUUGGGAGUUUCCCACAAAUAUUAGAAGUAUAAAUCUUGAAGGUUUUAUGGAUUUGGAUGACAUAAGCAUUAAUCAUCCAAACUUGGUGCAUUUUUGUGAUACAACAAAUACAGAACAGGUAUUUAGUCAUGGUAAAGAUAAUCCUAUCACUUUCCCUUCCAGAGUUAAAAAGUUGGAUUUAACAUCUGCGUACUUUUCUGUGCCAAAAGAUGAAAUUGAAAUUGAAAGAGAAACCAUGCGUCUUAAUCAAAAUCACGAUGAACAUAAUCAAUUAUUGAACCAGUGGCCAAAGUACCAACGUGUAAAAUUUCCAGAAUCUUUGGUUGAGUUGAGAGUUAAUGGUUUGGCAAAAGACCUUCUUGGAACUGAACAUGUUAUUGUGAUAGAUUUCAGAAUGUGUGAAUUGCCCCAGUUGUCGAUGCUACUGUUUGAACAAACUUGGGAUCAAAUAAUAGUUAAUAACUAUUUGCCACGUUCAUUAACAAAGAUUAAUUUCUAUAAUGUAGCGGAUUUACAAUUCGACAUGUUAUCUGACUUGGAGAAUUUGGUUGAGAUUAGAAUUAAUACCUGCUUCUUAGCACCAAACUCCAACAAACAGGCUGCACAAUUUCCACCACAUCUACAAGUUUUGGAUAUUUCUAGCUCUAGGGUAGACUCUCCUAUGGCUUGUUCAUUAGUUCCAAAUAUCAGAUCGUUAACUUUAGCGGAUAAUAAUGCCUCAGUAUUAAUUAGUGGUGAUAGGCACGAACUUUCAAUUGUACCCAAAAUUGAGGCUGCUACAGGGGAUGCAAAGAAUUCCGGCACAUUUUAUGGUCCCAUCAUUGCAAUUCCUGAAAUACGUUCCUUUGAUUUCAAAUGGAUGGAGAAUUUGAUUGAUAUAAAUUUGUCAUUUCUCAUCCUUCAGGAAUGUCCUCUUUUUCCACCUUAUAUUGAGAAGGUAACUUUGACGUGGUGUCUGAUUGAACGAUUUCCUCUAGAUAAUGAUGGUCGGUUCAUUUUCCCGGAUACAUUAGAGUACUUGAAUUUGAAGGAAAAUAAGUUCACAUGGGAUAGUUUGAUGUCAAUUCAUGCCCCCAAUCUUAAGUGCUUGGACAUUAGUAUGGCGCCAAAAUUUCACUUGCCUGAAGUGAACCGAGAAACAAAUCUGGACUCGGAUGAAGUCAGUUGGACAGACACCAAAGUAUUUUCAAAGUUUACCAAACUUGAAGAACUAAUACUAACUAACAAUAAUCUUUCCAAUCUAAUGCCACAUGAAUUGCAUCCCAACAUAUUUGGACCGCUGAUUAAAUAUUUGAAUGUGAUGGGUUGUAAUCUUAGCAAGGAAACGGCCAAGGGGAUCAUUGAUUUAGUGUUGGCUAAACCUGACUUUGAAAGAUUGAUAAUUGAAGAUUCAUUGGUCGGUGAAGAAUACCAACGCUGGGUCGAUAACAUCACUAUUGUGUCUGACGAAGAGCAUUUAUAG